AUGAGUUGAAUUGACUCAAUUUUCUUUAUCAACCAUUUGAAAGUUGUUGAGAAAAAUGCAGACCCAGAAACAACACUUUUGGCCUACCUGAGAAGGAAGUUGGGACUGAGUGGGACCAAGCUUGGCUGUGGAGAAGGAGGCUGCGGGGCCUGCACCGUCAUGCUUUCCAAGUAUGAUCGUCUUCAGAACAAGAUUGUACACUUUUCUGCCAAUGCUUGCCUGGCUCCCAUCUGCUCCUUGCACCACAUUGCUGUGACAACUGUGGAAGGAAUAGGAAGCACCAAGACGAGGCUGCAUCCUGUGCAGGAGAGAAUUGCCAAAAGUCAUGGCUCUCAGUGUGGGUUCUGCACCCCUGGCAUCGUCAUGAGCAUGUACACACUGCUCCGGAAUCAGCCUGAGCCUACUAUCAAGGAGAUUGAGGAUGCCUUCCAAGGAAACCUGUGCCGCUGCACAGGCUACAGACCCAUCCUGCAGGGCUUUCGGACUUUUGCCAGGGAUGGUGGAUGCUGUGGAGGAAAAGGCAACAACCCAAACUGCUGCAUGAACCAGAAGAAAAACCUCACGGAUGUCACUCUCUCACCAUCUUUAUUCAACCCAGAAGACUUCAUGCCCCUGGAUCCUACCCAAGAGCCCAUCUUCCCUCCAGAGCUGCUGAGGCUGAAAGACACUCCUCAGAAGCAGUUGCACUUUGAAGGGGAGCGAGUGACAUGGAUCCAGGCCUCAACUUUGAAGGAGCUGCUGGACCUCAAAGCUCAGCACCCUGAUGCCAAGCUGGUGGUGGGAAACACAGAGAUCGGCAUUGAGAUGAAGUUUAAGAAUAAGUUGUUUCCAGUGAUCGUCUGCCCAGCCUGGAUCCCUGAGCUGAAUUCAGUGGAGCAUGGAACAGAGGGUAUCUCCUUUGGAGCUGCUUGCCCCCUGAGUACUGUGGAGAAGACCCUCAUGGAUGCAGUUGCUGUGCUUCCUGCUCAUAAAACAGAGGUGUUCCAAAGCUUCCUGGAGCAGCUGCGCUGGUUUGCUGGGAAACAGGUCAAGUCUGUGGCGUCCAUUGGAGGAAACAUCAUCAAUGCCAGUCCCAUCUCUGACCUCAACCCUGUGCUCAUGGCCAGCAGGGCCAAACUGACCCUGGUGUCCCAAGGCACCAAGAGAACUGUUCAGAUGGACCAUACAUUCUUCCCUGGCUACAGGAGGACCCUGCUAAGUCCAGAGGAGAUACUCCUUUCCAUAGAGAUCCCCUUCAGCAGAGAGGGUGAGUUCUUAUCUGCAUUCAAGCAGGCCUCUCGGAGAGAGGAUGAUAUUGCCAAGGUGACCAGUGGCAUGAGAGUUCUGUUUAAUCCAGGAACCUCAGAGGUAAAGGAACUGGACAUUUGCUAUGGUGGAAUGGCUGACAGAACCAUUUCAGCCCUCAAGACAACUCGGAAGCAGGUGUCAAAGUUCUGGAAUGAGGACCUGCUUCAGGAUGUAUGUGCAGGCCUGGCGGAGGAGCUGCACCUGCCACCCGAUGCCCCUGGAGGCAUGGUGGAGUUCCGGCGCACCCUCACCCUUAGCUUCUUCUUCAAGUUCUACCUGACGGUGCUUCAGAAGCUGGGCAGAGAGAACUCAGAAGAUAAGUGCAGCAAACUGGAUCCUACCUUUGCCAGUGCCACUCUGCUCUUUGAGAAAGAGCCCCCAGCCAACGUCCAGCUUUUCCAAGAGGUGCCUAAGGGCCAAUCUGAGGAGGACAUGGUGGGCCGACCCAUCCCUCACCUGGCUGCUGCGAUGCAGGCCUCUGGUGAGGCAAUGUACUGUGACGACAUCCCUCACUAUGAAAAUGAGCUGUUUCUCCGGUUGGUCACCAGCACCCAGGCCCAUGCCAAGAUCAAGUCCAUAGAUACUUCAGAAGCUCAGAAGGUCCCUGGGUUUGUUUGCUUCCUCUCAGCUGAUGAUAUUCCUGGGAGUAACGUAACUGGGCUUUUUAAUGAUGAAACCAUCUUUGCGCAAGAUAAGGUGACUUGUGUUGGACACAUCAUUGGUGCUGUGGUUGCUGACACCCCAGAACAUGCACAGAGAGCAGCUCAUGGAGUGAAAAUCACCUACGAAGAACUUCCAGCCAUUAUCACAAUUGAGGAUGCUAUAAAGAACAAGUCUUUUUAUGGGCCUGAGGUGAAGAUUGAGAAAGGAGACCUCAAGAAGGGAUUUGCUGAAGCAGAUAAUGUUGUUUCAGGUGAGUUAUAUAUCGGUGGUCAAGAGCACUUCUACCUGGAGACUCACUGCACCAUUGCUGUCCCAAAAAGAGAGGAAGGGGAGAUGGAGCUCUUUGUGUCUACACAAAACACCAUGAAGACUCAGAGCUUUGUUGCAAAUAUGUUGGGGGUUCCAGCAAAUCGGAUUGUGGUCCGAGUGAAGAGAAUGGGAGGAGGCUUUGGUGGGAAGGAGACUCGGAGCACUGUGGUGUCCACAGCAGUAGCCCUGGCUGCACACAAGACUGGCCGCCCCGUUCGCUGCAUGCUGGACCGUGAUGAGGACAUGCUGAUAACUGGUGGCAGACAUCCCUUCUGGGCACGAUACAAGGUUGGCUUCAUGAAGACUGGGAAGAUUGUGGCUCUGGAGGUGGAUCACUACUGCAACGCGGGGAACACCCUGGAUCUCUCUCAGAGUAUAAUGGAGCGAGCUCUACUCCACAUGGACAACUGCUAUAAAAUUCCCAAUAUCCGGGGCACUGGGCGACUAUGCAAGACCAACCUGCCUUCCAACACAGCCUUUCGGGGCUUUGGGGGGCCCCAGGGGAUGCUCAUUGCUGAGUACUGGAUGAGUGAAGUUGCAGUGACCUGUGGACUGCCUGCAGAGGAAGUGCGGAGGAAGAACAUGUACAAAGAAGGAGACUUAACACACUUCAACCAGAAGCUCGAGGGAUUCACUUUGCGCAGGUGCUGGGAUGAAUGUCUGGCAAGUUCUCAGUAUCAAGCUCGGAAGAGUGAGGUUGAGAAAUUCAACAAGGAGAAUUGUUGGAAGAAGAGAGGAUUGUGCAUAAUUCCUACCAAGUUUGGAAUAAGCUUCACAGUAUCUUUUCUGAAUCAGGCAGGGGCUCUGGUGCAUGUGUACACAGAUGGCUCUGUACUCCUGACCCAUGGAGGCACUGAGAUGGGACAAGGUCUUCACACCAAGAUGGUCCAGGUGGCCAGCAGAGCUCUGAAAAUACCCACCUCUAAGAUAUACAUCAGUGAGACGAGCACUAAUACUGUGCCCAACACCUCUCCUACAGCUGCCUCCGUCAGCACUGACAUCAAUGGACAGGCUGUCUACGAGGCUUGUCAGACUAUCUUGAAAAGGCUGGAGCCCUUCAAGAAGCAGAAUCCCAAUGGCUCCUGGGAGAACUGGGUCUCAGCUGCCUACAUGGAUGCAGUGAGCUUGUCUGCUACUGGGUUUUAUAAAACACCCAACCUUGGUUAUAGCUUUGAGACAAACUCAGGGAAUGCCUUUCACUACUUCUCCUAUGGGGUGGCUUGCUCUGAAGUUGAGAUUGACUGCCUAACAGGGGAUCAUAAGAACCUCCACACAGACAUUGUCAUGGAUGUUGGCUCCAGUCUGAACCCUGCCAUUGAUAUCGGGCAGGUGGAAGGGGCAUUUGUUCAAGGCCUUGGCCUCUUCACUCUGGAAGAGCUGCACUACUCCCCCGAGGGGAGCCUACACACCCGUGGCCCCAGCACCUACAAGAUCCCUGCAUUUGGCAGCAUCCCCAUUGAGUUCCGAGUGACCCUCCUCCGUGAUUGCCCCAACAAGAAAGCUAUCUAUGCAUCCAAGGCUGUUGGGGAGCCACCCCUCUUCCUGGCUGCCUCCAUCUUCUUUGCCAUCAAAGAUGCCAUCCAUGCAGCUCGAGCUCAGCAUGAAGAUUCUAAUAAGCAAAAGCUUUUCCGGCUGGACAGCCCUGCCACCCCAGAGAAGAUUCGCAAUGCCUGUGAGGACAAGUUCACCUCCCUGUGUGUCACUGGUGCGCCAGAAAACUGUAAACCCUGGUCUCUGAGGGUGUGA